UAAUGGAUUGCAAAUGCCGGUUCUGGCUCAUGGACAGAAUUUCAGCACGGGCCUAAGACAAAUCUUAUGCUUGUCACGUGCGAUUUUGAGAAAGAAUCGCAUCAUUAUUCUUGACGAAGCAACAGCAAAUGUAGACCUUCGGUCGGAUGAGUUGAUUCAGAGGACAAUAAGAGAGAAAUUCGCUAACUCUACUGUAUUGACUGUUGCGCAUAGAAUUAACACAGUCAUCGAUUCUGAUCGCGUAUUAGUUAUGGAUGCUGGUGUUGCCGUUGAGGUCGAUGCUCCCUAUGUUCUUUUGAAAAACAAUGAUGGAGCAUUCCGGAAAAUGGUCGAAGCGCUCGGACAACAAGAAUAUGAUCGCUUGUAUUUAAAAGCCAAGGCAAAAUUUGAAAGAUCCACAUUUUGUGAAAAAUAAACUCAAUCUCUGAUCCAUUUUUAUGGACAAAGUUCAAAUCUAGGGGGUAGACACAAUAGAGAAUG